UCGACUCUUUCGAGCGGAUCAGCACCAGUGUGUUUACACUGUCAGCUGUCAGCUAAAGGCGAGCGGUGCUGUUUAUUUAUUCGGCUGAUAAGGACCGAAAACACGGACCAACACUGAAGAGCUUACAGUAGCCCCCUACAGGACGGACCCUCUGGUUUUGACCCUUUGCAGUGGGAAAGCGGAUCAACUCUUGUAACAUGAGCUCGGUGGCGGUAUUGACCCAGGAGAGUUUUGCUGAGCACCGUAGUGGGCUGAAGGACACUGAGAUCACAGGUGGUGUUCCUGAGGAUGAAGCGUACAUCCCCACCUAUCUGGAGGCCUUUCCUCCUUUGCCGGAUAAAGGUGCUCCAGGGGAUCGAUCAGGAGAGCCGGCCGGUGCUUGGAGCAAAAUUCGACCCAUUAAAGCCUCUGUUAUCACCCAGGUAUUUCAUGUUCCGUUGGAAGAGCGACGGUAUAAGGAUAACAGUCAGUUUGGAGAAGGUGAGGAGGCUAAGGUGUGUCUGGACAUCAUGCAGAAGACCGGAGCUCAUAUCGAACUCUCUCUGGCUAAAGACCAAGGCCUUUCCAUCAUGGUGACGGGAAAACUGGAUUCAGUCAUGAAAGCAAGGAAGGAGAUAGUGGCUCGACUCCAGACUCAGGCCUCGGCCACGGUCAUCAUGCCGAAGGAACACCAUCGCUUUGUGAUUGGAAAGAACGGGGAGAAGUUACAAGAGUUAGAACUGAAAACAGCCACCAAGAUCGCUAUUCCCCGACCCGACGACCCCAGCGCCAACAUACGGAUUACAGGCACGAAAGAAGGCAUUGAGAAAGCCCGGCAUGAGAUCCUGCUCAUCUCUGCAGAGCAGGACAAGCGUGCAGUGGAGCGUCUGUCUCUGGAGAAAGCCUUUCACCCCUUCAUUGCUGGAGCUUACAACCGGCUGGUCCAGGAGCUGAGCCAAGAGACGGGAGCUCGCAUCAGCAUCCCGCCCCCCAGCCUGCUGAAGGAUGAGAUCAUCAUCACUGGGGAGAAGGAGGCUGUAGCCAUGGCGAUAGCCCGCAUCCGAGCCAUCUAUGAGGAGAAGAAAAGAAAAACUACCACUAUCUCAGUGGAGGUGAAGAAGUCCCAGCAUAAGUAUAUAGUGGGGCCGAAGGGCAACACGCUGCAGGAGAUCAUGGAGAGCACUGGGGUGUCUGUGGAGAUGCCGCCGCUGGAUUCUGGCUCUGAGACCAUCAUCCUCAGGGGAGAGCCAGACAAGCUAGGCCCCGCCCUCACGCAGGUGUACGCCAAGGCUAAGAGUGUGAUGGUGGUGGAGGUAACCGCGCCAGCCUGGCUUCAUCGAUUCAUCAUCGGCAAGAAAGGACAGAACAUCAGCCGCAUCACGCAGCAGCUCCCCAAGGUGCACAUAGAAUUUACAGAUGGAGAAGAGCGGAUCAGUCUGGAAGGUCCAACAGAGGAGGUAGAACAAGCUCAGUCCCAGAUACAGGAGAUCAUUAAAGACCUGGUGGCGAGAAUGGACUACACUGAGAUUAAUAUUGACCAGCGUUUUCACAGACACCUCAUUGGCAAGAACGGCGCUAACAUAAACCGGAUCAAGGAGCAGUACAAAGUGUCGGUCCGGAUCCCUCAGGACUCGGACCGCUGUGGGCUGGUUCGGAUUGAGGGUGACCCUCAGGGAGUGCAGCUGGCACGCAGGGAGCUGGUGGACAUGGCACAGCGCAUGGAAAAUGAGCGCACCAAAGACCUGAUCAUAGAGCAGAGGUUUCAUCGAACCAUCAUCGGCCAGAAAGGAGAAAAGAUCAAAGAAGUGCGAGACAAGUUUCCAGAGGUCAUUAUCAAUUUUCCAGAUCAGUCUCAGAAGAGUGAUAUUGUGCAGCUCCGUGGGCCCAAGAAUGAGGUGGAGAAGUGUGCGAAGUUUCUACAGAAGCUUCUGGUUGAGCUGGUUGAGAGCAGCUACUCCAUAUCUGUGCCCAUAUUCAAGCAGUUCCACAAAAAUAUUAUCGGUAAAGGAGGCGCCAACAUCAAGAAGAUCAGAGAAGAGACCAACACGAAGAUCGAUCUCCCCACUGAGAACAGUGAUUCAGAGAUGAUUGUGAUCACCGGCAAGAAGUGCAACUGUGAGGCAGCGCGGGAACGGAUUCUCACCAUCCAGAGAGACCUGGCUAACCUGAAGGAGACGGAGGUGACGAUCCCGGCGAAGCUGCAUAACUCUCUGAUCGGGUCGAAGGGCUGUCUGGUUCGCUCAGUGAUGGAGGAAUGUGGAGGAGUUCACAUUCACUUCCCUGCUGAAGGAUCAGGCGUUGAUAAGGUCACCAUCCGGGGUCCUGCAGGAGAGGUGGAGCGAGCCAGGAGACAACUACUGCAGCUCGCCGAGGAGAAGCAAGUCAACAAUUUCUCAAUAGAGCUCAACGCUAAACCCGAGUACCACAAGUUCCUGAUUGGUCGAGGAGGGGCGAAUAUUCGGCGAGUUCGUGAUCGGACCGGGGCUCGCAUCAUCUUCCCCUCGCCCGACGAACCGGAGCAGGAGCGAAUCACCAUCGUGGGUCGAGAGGAAGCGGUGCGGCUCGCUCAGAAAGAGCUGGAGACUCUCAUCAAAAACCUGGAGGAUGUGAUUGAGGACAGUAUGGUGGUUGACCCCAGACACCAUCGUUAUUUUGUGUGUAGGAGAGGGCAGGUUCUGAGGGAGCUGGCGGAGGAGUACGGGGGCGUGGCUGUUAGUUUUCCCCGGACCGGAACUCACAGCGACUGCGUCACUCUGAAAGGAGCCCGAGAGUGUGUAACCGCCGCCAAGAGACGCAUUCAGGAGAUCAUUCAGGAUCUGGAGUCUCAGGUGACUGUGGAGGUGGUGGUUCCUCAGCGCUUCCACAGAGCAGUGAUGGGACCUAAAGGCUGCAGGAUCCAGCAGAUCACCCGAGAGCAGGAGGUCCUGAUCAAGUUUCCGGAGAGAGAGGAGUCUGCAGCUCAGGAGGUGUGUCCUGUGGAGAACGGCAGCCCCAGCCCUGAGGCAGGAGACGCUGUGCCUCGCAGGUGUGACGUAAUCACUGUGACGGGACGAGUGGAGAAGUGUGAACUUGCACGAAUAGCCUUGCUGGCUCUGGUUCCUGUGACGGUGGAUGUAGAGGUGCCAUAUGACCUGCAUCGGUACAUCAUUGGACAGAAAGGAACCGGAAUCCGAAAAAUGAUGGAGGAAUAUGAGGUGAAUAUCUGGAUUCCUCAGCCUGAUCAGCAGUCAGAUGUGAUAAAGAUAACGGGGCAGGAGGCGAGUGUGGAGAGAGCACGGCAAGCCCUGCUGGACAGAGUUAAAGAGCUGCAGGCUGAGCAAGAGGACCGGGCUUUGCGGAGUUAUAAGCUCACCCUCUCUGUGGAUCCUAAAUAUCACCCCAAAAUUAUCGGACGUAAAGGAGCGGUCAUCUCUCAGAUCCGGAAAGACCAUGAUGUGAACGUGCAGUUUCCCGACAAGGGUGACGAGCAGCAGGAUCUGAUAGUGAUCUGGGGUUACGAGAGGAACGUGGAGGAGGCGAAGGCGGCUAUAGAGCAGAUGGUGGCGGCGCUGCAGGAGAUGGUGAGCGACGAUGUCCGGCUGGAUCACCGGGUCCACGCACGCAUCAUCGGCGCUCGCGGCAAAGCCAUACGCAAACUGAUGGAGGAGUUUAAAGUUGAUAUAAGGUUUCCUCAGCCAGGCUCAGAAGACCCAGAUAAAGUAACAGUUACUGGUCUACCAGAGAACGUGGAUAAAGCCAUCGACCAUCUCCUCAAUCUGGAGGAGGAAUAUAUGUUAACUGUGACUGAAACAGAAACACUGGCUGCUUAUAUGAAGCCUCCGUCUCGGGUGGUGGGAAUGGGUGGAGGGGACGAGGAGAGCAGAGGACCAGCGAAGGGCUUUGUGGUGCGAGACGCUCCCUGGAACGCUUCAGGCGGCAAGGCCCCUGAUAUGAGCAGUGCUGAGGAUUUCCCCACAUUCGGAUCUGGAGUUGCGCCGAAACAGACAUCAGCCUGGGGUCCUAAAAAAUUCUGAGAGGAGGAGACCGGCCUCUACUUCCAGUUUAGGAACACAUUAACAUGGGUCUUAAUAUCUCAGAUAUCCCUCAUUUUCUCUCAACCUUUUAAUUGAAAUCCCAAAACAGCUGAUUGAGAAGAUUCUUAAUAUUCUCUUUAUAUCCUUUAUUUCCUCUCUUUCCUUUGUCCCUUUAGGAGAGAUGUAGCUUCCUCCAGGACUGAUCUGCCCUUUUGUUUUUUACUGAACUCACUAUCGCAUUAUUCGCCUGCACCUUCCAUUCCUUUUAUUAUUCCGGACUCAUUUAAAAAACGUUAAAACUGUUCAGUCUAAACAAUCUGAAAAAAAAAAAAGGAUAGUUAGAAUCCCGGUUAUGCAGCUUGCCAUCAGCUGCCGGAGCCCUGAGAGAGCACAAUUAAUUGGCCUUACUCUCUGGGUGGGUACAGUAGAUGGUGCGCUUUCUCCACCCCUCAUCACUCCUAGGGUGAUGUGGAUCAGCACAAGGCUGCGUCUGCGUCUGUGAGCUCAUGUAUCAGAACCGAGUCGCUGCGCUUUCCUCCGAGCGUUAGCGCUGUGAUGAUGCUACUUAGCAAGUUCAAAAAGAGGCGGAGUCUGACUUCACAUGUGUCGGAGGAGGCGUGUGCUAGUUUUUAUCCUCCUGGUGUUGGAGCAUCACUAGUGAUAGGGGGAGUCCUAAUGAGUGGGUUCGGUAAUUGGCCUUGUAAAUUGGGUGGAGAAAAUGGGAUAAAAAUGAGAAAUGAAAAGUAAAUAGCUAGUUUUAAGGGAGUGGAAGUUAGGUACGGUAGAUUCCCUACGUAGAUUUUACAUUUUAUCAGCUGUUUCCAAUUUAUGUUCUUCACAAUUUUUAUGAUUAUUGACUCAUUUUAACUCUUUAACUCUGUAACAGUAUGUAUCAGUACUACCAAACCUCAGAACUUCAACAAAAACUAAAAUCUUGGGAAUAAAAGUAGUAGUAAAACAGCCAAACCAAACCAAAAAAGUCAGAGAGCCCAUAGUUCACUGUGUGGGAGUUUUUUUUAGAAUGUUCUCCAUGGUUUUUACUGAAUUUUACUGAAGUCUGAGCCACCCGAGCACAUCCUAACUCCAGCUCCAGAAACAGCUCGGUGCUUUUAGCUGAAACUCUUUACUGUAAAGAAAAUGAAAAAAAAAAAAAAAAAGUGUUUUACCACAAAAAAAGUAGCGCUCCAUAUGUUGUGAUAUAUGGGGAUUUACCUGCGACACUUAUUUACCACCUGAUGGUCGUCUUUUUUAUACUUCUUAUUUAUUUAUCCGCUUAUUUAUUUGCGAACACGUGUAUAUAUUUAUUUGUUUCAGUUUUUUUUUUCUCUUUAAUCAUGUGAUUUCCUGUUACUGAAGCACUCGGCCCAAUGCUUACCGAAGUACAGACUUUUUAACGGCGGGUACGUGUGGGUAAAAAAUGUGGAUUUUCACUGAAUCGUUAAAAAAAAAAAAAAAAAAAAAGAAGAAGCUUCUGUAUACGUCCUUUUUUCAAUGUCCUGUUUAAAUAGUUUUUAGCUCAUUUACAGUGGCUUGCAAAAGUCCCCUUCAACCUUUUUUUACAUUUUGUCACCUUACAACCACAAACUUAAACUUAAACGUAUUUUAUAGAGAUUUUAAGUGAUAGGCCAACACAAAAUAGCACAUAAUUGUGAAGCAAAAUAAAAAUUUUACAGUUUUCAAUUUUAAAAUAAAAAACUUGCUGCUAUAAUUGCAGUGAAUGGUGGCUCUACGAAUCACACUUUUUUAAUUAUUUUUGUUUGAUUCAAUUUUUUUUAAAUCUCUGUCUCAGUUUGGUUCCACUUCACAAAUUCACAAAUGUUCUACUUUGUGUUUGUCUAUCACUUAAAAUCUCAAUAAAAUACAUUUAAGUUUGUGGUUGUAAGGUGACAAAAUGUAAAAAUGUUCUAGGGGUAUAAAUACAAUACAAAGCCACUGUAAAUGAUGCUGUAUUUUGUGUAAUAUAUGCCUUCUACAGACUUACCAGCAGAAGUUCAGUUGGCUCUUCCCUUCGUUUGUCCUUUGAUCAGUUCAGACUCCUCCAUAGUGCUCCUCGGACCGUCUCGUACUCACCUUUUCACCAUGCACACGAGCAAAUGCUGCUACUGCGAACAGCACAACGCUGUACAAACCUUUUUAUAAUGAGGAAAUAAAACCAGAUGGAUGUUGCA